AUGCCGAAGCCGAAUCCAGUGUCUGCAUCCGAGCUCUCAGCAGCUAAAUCGAUAGUCCUCGCCGCUCACUGUGCCUCCUCCGCCGAACUCAAAUCCCUCCGAAGUUUAUUCUUCCUGCACCCAUCCACGUUUUCUAAAGAGAUGCAAUUGCGUGUGCUUCUGUGCCUACCAGAAACUACGAAGCCUGAUCUGUACGUUCCCUUAAUCAAAGGCGAACCCGGGGAGAGUGCUACGGAGGUGGAUACCGCCGCCGUAUCGAAGAUCUCGGAAAAGACAGCAAAUAAGAGGGUGAAGGAGCUGCCGACGCUCACAUUACUUGAGAGUGAGAGGACGAGUGACGAGGGCAUGCUGUUGUCGUACUUGGUCUGUCGGGCGUGGAAUAUUGAUCGGGAGACGGGCGCGCUGUCGAUCGUUAUCGAGCUGUUGUCACCCUUUGUUGGGGUGGUCAUGGGCAUCGAUAAGUACCUGGAGGGUAUCGUUGAGGUUUUGGCGAGACUGACGUAUGAUUACGCUAGUGAAGAUGUGGGAACAGGUGAAGAGGCUGAGGAUGGGGGAGGAAGGUUGGAGACCUUUGGAGAGUUGGAGGCGCAGGUUGGGAUCAGGUUGCUACUUGCUCGAUGUGGAGGUCGUCAAGUUGUUGAUGAUUUGAAGAGACUUGUAGGACCUUAUCUGGGUGCUAAAAGGAAUGACCGUGAGGGGUGGGAGGUUGUUUGGGAGUGGUUGAAGUGUAAAAUUGCUGAUGGGAAUUGGGGGGGUUUCGUCGAGGUUGUUACGAAGUGGGAUGGACCAGUGGGAGACCGGGAGUUGGCAGAGGAGUAUGCCAGGAUUUCAAUUGCUGGCUGCUAUGUGUGUCUGGAAACAGAACAAUUAGUGUUGGAGGGGAUGCGUGCGAUUCAUCGAAGGUGCUCGAAGUACGUUAGUGAGGAUCAGGGGUUCAAGGAUCAGAAACUUCCGGGGAAACUUGGAGAUCCGUUUGACAAGGGGAAUCCAUUAACGGCUCCUAAUGAAACUUCUCUGCAGCUUCUGGACGUGUUGAUAACGUCUGCUGGGGUCUUGUCGACCCCUCUAGCGAACGUUGCGGGAAUCAGGUUGGAAGGCUCCUACGCGGAUCAGGAAGCGUUGCUCGUGAGACAUGUCCGGAAUGGACCUAACUGGGCCAAGCAGAGCGAUGAAGAGUGGAGAAGAACGAGGGAUGGUGUUAAAUGGCUGCAGACGAAGGCCAAGGUUUUUGAUAAGUUAACAGUCGAAGAGGUAGAGAAGGUUUUACUUAGCGCUAUGCUGGCGGCUACAAAGUUUGAUUUGGUCAAGGAGAUUUAUGUCAAUGGACGGAAUGGAAGUCUUAGAAAGGGCGAUGUCGAGACAGGAAUUCUGGAUGCGUUCCAAGGAUUUUACGAUAAUGCAAGCAACGGAAAUAAGACUCGAGGGAGUAUGAAAAACGCUCUUGGCACUCUUCAAAUAUUAUACCCUCGCACGUCUAAAUCGACUGCUCUUGAACGUGCAUAUCGGUUGACUAAUGCAACACAUGCGCUAUCCCACUAUCCAUUGGCACUCGCACCCGGUAUCCCCUUACUGCCAGUGCAGAUACGGAUCCAUAGUGAUCCAGUCUCACUCGUCGCCCGCCUUUUGGACUCAACCCCGAAGAGCUUCGCCCAGUCAGAAACCCUCGUAACAAUAGCCCGGGACCUCCGCUUCGGCACCACCGGCAACGACGGCGGCAAGAAAACCGACGCCCGAGUAAUAGGAAUGUGCAUCGAAGCCGCGCUUUCCGAGGGCGACUUCGAGACAGCGCACUCCCUAGGAAUGAACCGCCUUGUAAUCAUGAUCGCUGGAAACGAGCGUAAUGUGGACGAAGACGUCGCGGACAUGGUUUGGAGAGCAUGUUUCCAGGCUGGAAGAUAUAGAUCUCCAUACGCAGCUCUAGUCGGUGAGACGGCAGCUUUUGGCGGGAAAGCUCUCAGAACGGUAGAAAUGAGGAUGGAACUUCUCGCUCAGGCGUUGCGUUUCUGCCCUCCGUCCGCACUUGCGGAGGUCCUUGCCUCAUGGCGUAGAUGCGAAGAAGAAAUGUUGAUUGGCUUAAAAGAAGAGGAGGAGGAAGAGAAGCGCGAAGCAUACUGGAGUAGUAAUAAUAAUAGCGGAGGAAACACCAGCACUAUUUCCUCCGCAUCCAGGGGGGAAGACGACGAAACACCAAUGGGAUUAUUCGCCGUCGCGGCCGGUGCCGCAAAGGCUCUCCGGGGGACUGCGUUUCCACUGUCCACCCCUCGUGGGAAUCCUGCCCCUAUCGGGGAUGGCGCGGCUGCGGCGAUGGAAGAACAGAGGACCAGAAAGAGGGAUAUGGUCUCUGGGAUGGUGACUAGUGGGCUUGCUAGUGGAUUGGGAUGGGUGCUUGGUGCUCAGCCAAACGUGAACAGGGGAUAGGCUUGUCUUUUGGCGGUGGUUAUAAAGUGGGAUGGUAGAAUGGGGAAUUUACUUAGCGAUGUUUUUGAUUGCUUGAUUGUUGGUUUGGGCGUUGGUUUGGGCCGGAGUUUGAAAAAGUUGUGUGUUUAAUAGAUUAGUUUUAAGCGUAUGGUAAUUGUAGUGGUGGUUUGGUGGAGGGUGAUUGAUUGGUUUAUUGAUUGAUCGAUUGGAUGAAGUCGUGUUUGGGAUGCGGGUUACUGCCGUUGGGUUCACUGUGCAGUUGUGGAGAGUUUGAUAACUUAAGCUUUUUUUUCUACGUAUGAUACUUUGUACUGUACUAUGAUAGUAUCAUUUUUGGGGAUAGUCUAAGAAGCUAGUUCACAAAAAGUCACUCGUGAAUCUGUUCUGGGUAACGUUCGUGUUCUUGGGUUUAAUAAAAAUUUAUUUAUCCUUGUAUCGCUGA